GUAAAAAUAGAGGGAAGAGUUGACAGAGAAAAAUUAAAUGAAAAAGAAAAAGAAAAUGGGGACCCGCGGACUGCAGCUUCGUACGCUGCAUGUUCUGCUGCCAAUUAAACAUGGCUGACAUCAUGGUGAUGUCGUCAUGACGUCAUCGCGCACUAAGUGAUUAUUUCCCAUGGCCAGAUUUAAAAAAAAACUUUUUUGAAAGAUCCGACGGCUGAGAUCAUUUUGACACUGUUCCAACGUCAAAAAAAUGAUCCAACGGCUAAAAAUAAAAUCCAACAGUUCAAAUUAUUUAUUUUAUUUUUACAUUAUUUUUAAUUAAUAUUUGAUCCGAAAAUUCUAUAUAAACACCCCCAUUCUUCCUAUUUUGAUCACACAUCUCCCAUCUAUCUCAUUCUUCUUCAAAUUUUUUGUAUAUCCAUAUUUUGUAAUGUCUUCCUCAAGAAGGGGUGCUAAUUGGACUGUUAGUGAGGAUGUUGCUCUAUGCAAUGCUUGGGUUAUCAUCUCGGAAAAUGGGGUCAUCGGAAUAAAUCAACUGGGGGAGAGUUUUUGGAACCGAGUUCAUGUGCUAUUUUCUGAAAAAAGUAGUGUUCAUCGGAGUCGGGAUUCAAUUGAGUCUCGUUUCAAGAUCAUCAAUCACCAAUGCUCGUUGUGGAAAGGUUGUGUGCGGAAGGCAAAUGCAACCCCGACGAGUGGGGCGAACCUAGCCGAUUUGGUAAAUUAUAAAUUACUCCAUUAUUUAAUAUUAAUUCAUAAAUUAUAUAUUAAUUUUUUAAUAUAUAUAACUCCAUAUUUAUAAUGUUAUUUUGAUUCGUAAUGUAGGACUAUCAAGACAAGGUCAUUUUCAUGAAUGAUAACCAUGGAAAACCAUUCAAAUUUGAGCAUGCUUGGCGUAUUCUCCACUCCUUUCCAAAGUGGUACCAACAAUACGAAGCUCCGAUAAAUUUAAAUUCCUCUCCAACAUCGCCCAUGGUCGUAGGUGGUGAUGUUAGCUCUCCCUCGGAUGGAGAACCACUACAACGCCCUGAAGGUCGUGACAAGCAAAAGGCGAAAAGAAGUGGAAAGACAAAGGCAUCUAAACUAGAUCCACUGAUAACGCCCCAAGAUGUAGGACAAUUUUUCCACUCCCAGUGCAUGCAAUCAAUUGACCCAAUCAUCCCAGGAAAGCCUCUCUUUGAGGCCUUUUCAAGAAGACGAUGUAGAUCCCCGGGGUUAGGGGUUCGUAAGUACCAAGAACCAUACACACUAACAAUUGCCCUACAAAAUUUCUUCAGGCAUAAAAGUGUGGUCGUCUCACCCAAACGACAUAACUGGUCUAAGGAAUCAGCCGAGCAACCAUUGGUGAGCAUAAAUAUCGCACUAAUGAGUUUUUGUUGAGGAGAAAGAGAUACCUUAUUUGCAGCAUCAGCUGUACUUAGGAAAUAAGGAUCAAAGGCCAUGACAUCUGUCAUGAUUCGAUUGAACAAAUGUCGUUGCAUGUGAAAUCGACGCCGGAAGAUACGUGCGUUGUAGGUGGGGUUUGGAUUCCAGUAAUCAUCCAUCAACAAACGUUGUCUAGCUUCUCGACCACGAUCUAUGUACUCACGAGUGUUGGAGCUCGUUGCAACUAAAGAAGCCAUCAUAGCCAUUCGCAUGCGGUCGGAGUGAGCGUCUUCUUCUUCAUCUUCAUGAAUGGAUUGGUAAAAUGAGGGAAAAGAACUCAUUAUUUUCUAUGGGAGAAGUUAAG